AUGGAUCGGAUUCUUGACGCAAUUUUUCAACGGAUUGCUACCCGCGGGCAUCUAGUAGAGCAGGAUUUUUCCGACCUGCAGUGCUUUUAUCCGGAAGAAUUAGAGCAUGUAGCCAUGCUCUUAGACUCCACACAACACAUAACUGUAUAUCGUCCUGCUCGCGGAUUGUUUGGCAGCGUAUUCUAUACCGUCGUGGAUCACGCUCAGAUAUGCCUUGUCCUCCCAGAUGAAGGGUACUGUAGCUGCUGCCAUCCUCUCCGGCUGCAAACAAAAUUGCCAAAGGAGAACCUAUGUUCACGGUUCAGUAUCAUGUGCACUUUUUGCAGGCAUUUGCUCGCUGUGCAGAUAGCUAUUGCACUUAAGCUCCCCAUUAAGGAGGAAAGCGAUCAGAAUCAAUAUGAGACCACAUUUUUCACUCUUAUUUCAACCGUCCCUGGCCAUCUGUCUUAG